AUGAUGUUUCAUUCAGUUUUAUUAAGUAAUCGAAGCAUAGAUAAUUACAACAACAUACAUCAACAACCGACUCAACAAACAAUUAUUAUAAAAAAUCUUGAACAAUCAUUAAAAAAGAAUAAAAUAUCAAUUAAUAAUGAAUCUAUUCCAAAUUAUUAUGAAUGGUCAUUAUGUGAUAUUAAUAGUGCACAUAAUGAUCUUUUUAAUCAAAUGUCUUCUCGACAUUUACAAACAUUAAUCUAUUCUACAAAUUCUAAAAUUGAAUCAUUAUCUUAUUUUAAUUGUAAAAAAAUUGAUGAAUAUUCAUUAAUGUAUGAUCGAAUUAUUCAUGGAGAUUAUAUUUAUCUACAACAACAUUUUGGUACUAGUCAAAUGAAUAGACCACAUCCUCUACGUAAUUCAAUUCCAUGUGAAGAAACAUUUCGAUGGAUGCCAGUUAGAUCAUCAUCAAUAAUUGGAAGACGUGUUCAUUUACCAUUGGAUAUAUUUUAUAUGACAUCAACUUUAACUAAUAAAAAAUCAUUAAAAAUUUAA